AGAAGUGCUAAUUUAGUGCGGGGUAGGGCUAGACUCGCCCAAUGUGGCAAUAGCGCGCCCUCCUACUCUGGCCUGCUUCAAAAUUCAAAUACUUGAGAACUGCGAUUGCCUCGACGGCGAUGCCGAAACGGGACGCGUCCUGGACUUCGAGGCGAUCAGCGAUCGGGGGAUUGAGCUUGCGCACGCUCGAGGAGGAGCAGGCCAUGGCUCACAGGAUUUGGGGACACGCGAUAGUGAGAUCGAGUCGUCAGUGAGGUGUGUCCAGGUCGAGAAUCAGGCGCAAAUUCAACAUGGAGUGGGAGUUGAGUAAGGAAAAUGUGCAGCCGAUGAAGUCAGGACGUAACGUGGAGGUUUUAAACGAUGCUCUCAAAGCGAAGGUGGAGGGCCACGCUCGUGUCAACAUAUUCGAGACUCAGCGCAGGCAAAUGCUGGAUGCAAUCGAGAAUUAUGCGGGCGAUGACCCCCUACAACCCUGGAUUCGGUGCAUUAAGUGGGUUAAGGAUGCCUUCCCAGCUGGUGGUGCACAAUCAGAACUUUUGAAGCUGUUGGAAGGGUGCACACGCCAAUUUCACAAAGAUGAAUUAUAUCGUAACGACGUGCGCUACCUCAGAGUGUGGGUGCAGUAUGCCGACUGCUGCACUGAUCCAAGUGAUGUUUUCGCGUUCUUGGAAGCGAAUGAGAUUGGACAAACGUUUGCUCUCUUCUAUGAAGCUUACGCUACAUCCAUGGAAGUUCGCAGAAAUUUUAAAAAAGCCGACGAGAUAUACCGACUUGGCAUAUCAAGACAUGCACAGCCCUUGGGCAGGCUGGAGAACAUGUAUAAAAACUUCCUCAGCAGAAUGGUUAGGCGUGGUGAACGGAAGAUUCGCGAAGAACAGCAGCAGAUAUCUAGUGGCUCAUUUUCAGAGAACGAGGCACCUUUUCGAGCAUUUGGUCCAACCUCUCACUUUUCAGGAACUAGUGAGCAGCAUUAUUUUAGAGAACGGGGAAGGCAAUCCUUGAUGCAGCCCCCUCACCCGAGAGGAAAUAAACCCAAAACCGCCAAACUUUCGAUAUUUGUCGAUCCAGAGUUUGAAAGCUCAAGAAAUAACAGCACCCAGGACCUUCCUGGUGAAGAUCCAGGCCUGUCUUCAAAUCAAUCUGCGGCCUGGUGGCACCUUCCUGCUGAAGCGGAUAGGAUAAAAGAAAAUGUUCAGCAACCCACAAAGUGGACUGACGCAAAGAUAAAGCAGAAGCAUCCAUUCUCCCAAGGUCAGCAAUCAGGACUAGAAGUUUACGUCGAUGAACAAUUUUCAGAAGUAAAUAGUCUUAGAGACCACUCUAAGCCUGGGAAGCCUGCUCCGCCCCCUAUAUUGAAACUGAGGCUCGAAGACAUGCAAAGCAUGAAAAGGACCUCGCCACGCCUGAAAGGCUCUUUUCUGGACUUCGCAUCCGCGGCUGUAGGUUCUGCCAGUAACAGUGUUGAGAGCCCUGGAGUUCUGGCUGUUCAAGAGGCGUGCAACCUUCCAAAACCCCAUUUGCCUAGCGUCCUUGCAUAUGACACGCACAUGAUCAACGAGAAUGGAGAAGAGAAAAGUUUUGAGGAGGUGAGGUUAAAGUUGUGGAGAGAGUUUCAUAAAGGUCUCAUGGAUCUGGACCAAGUUGAUAACCUUGAAGUUCCCAGGGAGGAAGAAAGUUUGCAGUUCCUCUCUGGAGCUCAGGACAGUGAUAGACCUGUCCAGUCAGAAGGUCAAGUCACUAUCAAAUCUUCUCCUUGCACGAGUAUUCCUUCAACUCCGAUGCUGGUAGAGACUGAUACAGACACUGUGCAAAGUGUAAGGGACUCUUCCCCUAAGAAUGGUGAUAUCAUACUGGAUGAUGAAAAAUGUCCGGGAGGAAGUGAUCGUCUUGAUUACCUGGUUGAUCCCCCAGCAAAUGGAUCAGCUACAACAGGGAUGAACUCCACUAUUGUUAGUGAGCAGCGAACUGAAGAAGGUUAUUCCCAGCUUGAAGGUUCAUCAGGUCGUCUAUCGAGGGCCUCCACUUCCUUCUCAAUGCAGGGUGAUGAAACUAUUGCAAUUAAACGCUUCGCUGAUGAGAUAAUAGUUCUUGGCACAGACCCUCGGGUCAACAGCAUAGACACAGGUAGUCAUCACGGGCUUGUGGAUCCAACAAUCAAUACGAAGGAGUGUGUAGCGGAUAUCCUCGACAUGUUCAACAAGCCUCUGGAGAGCGACAAUUUAAGAUCUAAAUCCAGGGUGUCCAAGGAUUCUAAGAAGCGUACGAGCAAAUCUGGAGGCUUCCAAAUUUUUGUUGAUGAUGAUUUGCAGGUUGAAAGACAUAUGGAACCUUGCAAGAAUGAAAAGCGGGUGAAAUGCCCUUCUAGCAAAUUUUCUGUAGCAGGUGAGAACAAACUCAGUGGCUUUCAAGUCUAUAUGGAUGAAGAUCUUGGAGGUAAACGGCCAGUAUCUUUCAAAGGAAAUGCUAAAUCAUCCAUCAACUUGUCCAAGAAGUCUGAACCGGAAUCAGGCAAGUUCCAGAUAUAUGAGGAUGAAAACUUUGCGGUCCAGCCUGCGAGACCCAAGCAGAGUCAGAGAAAGACAGUUUCCAAAUUAUCUACCAUUCAAUCCAAAGACUUCCAGGUAUUUGUCGAUGAUGAGUUUUGUGACCUAACCCCCGGCCAGAAUGGAAAGUGUGGGGAGAAUCAGAAGCUAUCUGAUGAAAAUGCGGAGAACUGGAAAAUUGUCGAUAAUGAGGAUAUGAUUGACAAACGUUUGAAGGCCAAGUCAGUCGAAAAGAGGGCUACUAAAUCUACUUCCCGGUCCUCAAUCGAUUUAGGUGUAUGUGUUGAUGAGGAAUUCCGUGAUUUGUCACUGAGUUCACGCUUAUCAGAAGAGCAAGGUUUUGAUAUUUGCCCCGAGAAGUAUUUAGACUCAUCAAGAGCUAAGGAGAACGCUGGUGAAAUUUACCAAGUAGAAGAAGCUUCAAUUACUGUCGAAGGUUCAAGUCCUGUGCUAGCAGGAAUUUGUUUGGAUCAAGUGCUUGAACGGGAAACGGCAGCACAGCUCAAAACAUCUGAACGUCUUGGAUCUACGGCAAUCAACUCCUUGUGUGUGACGAAUAUAGCAGAAACUGUUCCUAUCACUCCUGCGGUUCAUGUGGAGGAAGAGGAAGACUCGGAUGCUGCACCGUCACUAGAGAAUGUUGAUCCAUGGGACGAAAGCACCAUCAAAGGUCUUCUGUCAAGAAUCCACUCGUCUUUGUCCAACUACGAGGGCUUUUUUGAAAGUGAGACAAAGUAUAGUGGCCCUCUUCCCACUUCGUCUUUGAGGGCCAGUAACGGCCGAAAUAAGGAUAUACACCUCGGCAACAAUACCUAUCGUCUCACGGGAUGUAUUGGUGAAGGUGCUUUUGCCCAUGUUUUCGAAGCUGAAGAUGCCGAUGAUGACUUUUUUGACGAUCCGCCUAAAGUUGCACUGAAGUUCCAAAAGCCCGCGUGCCCUUGGGAGUUCUACAUAUAUCGACAACUGGAUAGGCGUAUAUCUGAAGAAGAUAGACGGUAUUUUGGCAAAGCGCGAAGAAUGCACCUCUACACGAAUUGCAGCUUCCUUAUCUGCGACCACGGAGACAAAGGCACUCUUCAGGAUGUUGUGAAUGCGUACCUAGCAGAGCAUCUACACAUGGAGGAAGCUAUGUGCAUGUUCUACACCAUAGAACUGCUGCGCAUGCUGGAAGUCUUGCAUUCCGUUGGGAUCAUCCAUGGUGAUAUUAAACCAGACAACUUUCUCAUGCGAGACAUAGACGACAGCAUUAAAGUCGAGGAUUGGGCUCCUGAUCAUCCUGGUUGUUGGAAAUCCCAAGGUUUAUGCCUGAUUGAUUGGGGUCGAAGUAUCGACACAACUCUAUUUCCAGAUGGUACAGAGUUUCUGGGUGACUGCAAGACUGAUUCGUUCAGAUGCCCAGAAAUGUUGGAGCGGCGUCCAUGGACUUUCCAGGUCGACACUUUUGGCCUGUGCGGUGUAGUUCACUGUUUGCUACAUCAAAGCUACAUGCAAGUGGAAAAGGUCAAGACUGCGGACGGACAGUGUCUUUAUCGUCCGAAAGCUGCCUUCAAGCGGUAUUGGAAUGUGAAGCUAUGGAAAGAGCUAUUUGAUAAUUUGUUGAAUGUCAAGGAUUUUUAUGAUCGUGAAGUUUUGAUACGGUUGAGAAAAAGCUUCGAGAACCACCUGGUCGAGAACAAUAUGGGGAAGAAGCUGAAGGGGUUCGUAAGAAAGCAGAACAUUAUGAUAUUCGAGUCCCGCCGCCGAUAAGAUGUUAUGCGCUCGAUCGUCCUUGAGACACAUGGACAAAGUGGGCUUUUCUUGCUGUGCUGUAUUGGCAGAGUCAAUACCACAGUCGACCUUUGAAGGUCAUUGUCAUUGUAUUGAAGCGACGUCCGUCCUAAGUUCAUACGAUCAGUUAUAUAUCUAUAUAGGCGAAACCUUUUGAGUCUCCUUUUGGUUGGAUAGUUUUAAUCUGGAAGUAGCUUGUAGGGCUGAUUAUAACAGUAUUUUGUUUUGCGGUUGACCUUUUUGUACAUACGUUCAUUCGCGAAAUGUUUCUACUGAAACAUCAGAUUGUGCAUUAUAAUUGAUAUCAUCCUCUGAAGUCCUUGAAGUAAAGACGUAAAUUUUAUGAGAACCUGAGAGUGUCUUCACAUUUGAGGACAUUGUGUGAAGUCUGCGAGAGACCACAUUUGUGAAUGUACUGCCAGUACUGUUGUCUGGCACCCCCUCAUACCUGCAUCGGCAGUCUAGUCUACCAUGGGUGUGUGGCAAUCUUAUAAUGCGCUUUCUCGAUGCUGAAUCCCACCUGUAAGUACGAACUUGUGUGAAGAGAAAUUGAUGAAUCUUCUCGUGAACUCUGAUCCUUCAGCCAGGCCAUCUUUUGAAGACAAAUUCCUCUCGUGUCCAAGCCGAUGCUGGACUGCGAUGUUGUAACUGGGAAG